UCAGAUAUUUAACUAAAUUUAUUCUGUUACAUAAACGAAUACACACAUAGAAACACACACAAGACACAUACAUAGAUAAACCUAUAUUGACACCCACACAAUGAUACGUAUACAUGCAGACACAUAUGCGCCCAAAUACCAGAGCGGUAAAUGGUCUUGGGAUAAGAAGACCGAUGCACUACACUUUGAGCCACACAACGAUUUGGAACAUGCUCGAGAGCGUUAUAUAGUAACGAAUGGCUAUAAAUUUUUGCGUACAAUUAAUCAGGAGGAGGAGCUUAUAUUUCGUCAAGAGUUUGUGCGUCCGGACUUUACCUUUGAUGCGGAUACCGUGGUCAUUAAUGAUGUGGUCGAUCUGGUGAUAUUUUUGAUGCCCAAGGAAUUCUUAACUAUGAAAUUUAUGGAAUUCUUGCGCAAGCCCGCGGUGCACAGAUUGUUGCAUGCACUCAUCAUCUACUUUGAGUACUUUCUGCGCAUGGUGGAGUUUGUGCUAAUACGACGGGAUGAACUCAACGGCGACAUGGCGCAGAUACAAAGUGAACAGACCAGCGAUAUGAAGCGCAUAUUCUCUAUAUACUUAAGUCAAUAUCGCAUGCUGGUUGCUAGAAAUUAUAGUGUUAUUAUCAAGGGUGAGGGGGACAUGACGCAGUUUUAUCAUAUGAAGGAGAUUGUGAAUAUAUCUUCAACCAUACACGACAAGCAUUUUCAUGAGCAUUUUCUGGCGACAGCCACGCAAAUCGUUUGGAUUACAUUACAUAGACGUGCCUAUAAUGUAAUUGAAAUGGAAAUGAAUCGUCUGUUUCGCUCCGAACACUUUGUUAUGCAUCGCCCGGAGUAUCUAAAAUUUACGCCAGCUGAGCGUAGCUUACUGUUUGGACGCAACAAUCGAAUUGUCAACUAUCGCAUGCAGGUGUCGCCUUUAAUACAGGAGCUAGAAUUUGUACCGCCUGAGGAUCUGCCCAUCUUGUGGAUAGGCGAACGCAAAUAUCGUGGCACGGACACGCGCAUUGUGCAGAUCGAACUGGAGUAUAUAGUGCCUGGACCGCAGCUGUUUAUGAUUGAUGUAGCUCAUGGCAUCCUGGGCCAUCCGAAAAAGCUCUACAAUACGCUACUCAGCUUGGACUGGCCCUCAGUGCGCUUUGCCAACUAUACCAAGGACUAUGAUCCUUAUUAUCUCAUACGCCAGCCCAGCUUGCGUAUACCCAAUAUUGAUGAGACGCUUGUGCGCCGCAUGUCCAAGCAUUAUGACCAGCUCUUUAAGGUUUAUCGCAUAUAUGAGCCUUGUCCACCGCAAGUGCUAAUCAAGUUUGCGCGACGUGAGCAUAUUAUUGACUUCUUUCGCAAUGAAGGCGUUUUGGACGAUAUUUAUACGCGUUGCGAAAAAGAAUUGCGCUUCGAAAAGAAGAAGCACAAUGUGCCCGAUAUCAUUGCCAAAUAUUUCAAGGUAGUUUCACGCUUUCGUAAGAAUCGAUAUACUGCACCCGGAGAUGAUACUGUGAGCUUGGCCAGCUUCGCAUCAACAUCAACAGCACGCUCGAUGCACCACGUCACACAACGCAGAAAAUCUGCGCCUGAAGAUCGUUUCUUUGAGAUAUAAAAUUUAAUUACAAUCGUAAAAAAGCUUAUCAAACAAUAAUGUUAAACAAUGAAUUAAUAUCCAGCCAUAAAGAUUUUAUGAGAUAAGCUAACUUUUAA